AUGUUUCAGCUAUUGAUGAUUGUGGUGGUGGGUAGCUGCGCCUCGCAGCCUGUUGACAAAGUUCAGCAGGUGGGAGGGCAACCGGGGCAGAUUGUUCAGGGACAGGGGCAUGUGAGCCAAGGUGGCAUUCAGAAACCAGAUCAGAGUUAUGUUGCAGUGGGUAAUGGACAGUACCCAGGGAAUGGGUAUCAAGGACAAGGGUCGGUUAAUGUUGUUCAGGGAGUUCAGGAACAGCAUCCAGUUAAUGGGGUUCAGGGACAGGGACAUUUGAGCCAAGGUGACAUUCAAACACCAGAUCAGAGUUAUGUUGCAGUGGGUAAUGGACAGUACCCAGGGAAUGGGUAUCAAGGACAAGGGUCGGUUAAUGUUGUUCAGGGAGUUCAGGAACAGCAUCCAGUUAAUGGGGUUCAGGGACAGGGACAUUUGAGCCAAGGUGACAUUCAAACACCAGAUCAGAGUUAUGUUGCAGUGGGUAAUGGACAAUACCCAGGGAAUGGGUUUCACGGACUAGGGUCGGUUAAUGUCGCUCAGGGACUUCAGGAACAGCAUCCAGUUCAUGGCGUUCAGGGACAGGGGCAUGUGAGCCAAGGUGGCAUUCAAAAACCAGAUCAGAGUUAUGUUACAGUGAGUAAUGGACAGUAUCGGGGAAAUGGGUAUCAAGGACUAAGGACGGUUAAUGUCGUUCAGGGAGUUCAGGGACAGCAUCCAGUUCAUGGGGUUCAGGGACAGGGACAUUUUAGCCAAGGUGACAUUCAAAAACCAGAUCAGAGUUAUGUUACAGUGAGUGGACAGCAUCCAGGGAAUGGGUAUCAAGGACAAGGGUCGGUUAAUGUUGUUCAGGGAGUUCAGGAACAGCAUCCAGUUCAUGGGGUUCAGGGACAGGGACAUUUGAGCCAAGGUGACAUUCAAAAACCAGAUCAGAGUUAUGUUGCAGUGGGUAAUGGACAAUACCCAGGGAAUGGGUUUCACGGACUAGGGUCGGUUAAUGUCGCUCAGGGAGUUCAGGAACAGCAUCCAGUUCAUGGGGUUCAGGAACAGGGGCAUGUGAGCCAAGGUGGCAUUCAAAAACCAGAUCAGAGUUAUGUUACAGUGAGUAAUGGACAGUAUCGGGGAAAUGGGUAUCAAGGACUAAGGACGGUUAAUGUCGCUCAGGGAGUUCAGGGACAGCAUCCAGUUCAUGGGGUUCAGGGUCAGGGGCAUGUGAGCCAAGGUGGCAUUCAGAAACCAGAUCAGAGUUAUGUUCCAGUGAGUGGACAGUAUCCAGGGAAUGGGUAUCAAGGACAAGGGUCGGUUAAUGUUGCUCAGGGCGUUCAGGAACAGCAUCCAGUUCAUGGGGUUCAGGGUCAGGGGCAUGUGAGCCAAGGUGGCAUUCAGAAACCAGAUCAGAGUUAUGUUCCAGUGAGUGGACAGUAUCCAGGGAAUGGGUAUCAAGGACAAGGGUCGGUUAAUGUUGCUCAGGGCGUUCAGGAACAGCAUCCAGUUCAUGGGGUUCAGGGACAAGUGGAGCACGGUCAGGUAGUUCCAGUGGGUAUAAUCUCGCAGGACUCCGAGGUAAAUCCGGACGGUACCUUCCACAAUGUCUGGGAGUCGGAGAACGGCAUCAAGGUUCAGGAGGAAGCGUCGGUGAAGCUCCUCGAUGACAAUACCGUAUCGCAAACCGUCACUGGACAGAUCAGUUAUGUUGACAACGAGGGUAAACAAGUCCUGUUGAGAUACGUCGCGGACGAGACUGGAUUCCAUCCUGAGGGAGAUCAUCUUCCAACGCCACCGCCACUUCCAACGGGCAUUGCCAGAGGGCUUGAGUGGAUUCGCGCUCAUCCACCAGCGGAAGAAACUAAACUCCAUGAGGAAACUGUUCUCAAUGAAAAGCACUUCGCCCAAGAGCGGACCGGAGGGUACUAAUUUCGAUUGUUCGAUACUAUUCGCAUAUUCAGAUUUUUCUGGUUUUAGAAUUGAUAAGGAACUUGGCAUUAAACGACAUCAGACGUUUGAAGUUUCUGAU